CAAAUCUUUGAAUGUGUGGGGUGUGUAUGCUACCACUAGUGAGUGAAUGCAGACGAUGUGUGGAAUUAACAAUGUUGAUUUUACCAGAGGAUGUUGUCCGUGCGUGUUGAAUGUGUCUUCCGUCGAAUCCAAAUGGGAAGGCGAAGAGGCAGUCCGUAGGGAGGCAAGCAGUCGGGGGCUGGAGAGAAGCAACGAUGUCCGGGUCCAAGCAGUGGUCGAGGAUCGGGGAAGGCGAGGACGUUGUGAGGCAGGACACGAUCAUGGAAGACACUGUGGAGAUUGGCUACAUUCUUGCGUAGGUCUCCUGGGUCCGCUGGCUUUAAUGCAACUGAUGCACAAUUGUCUACAACCUUGUUGCUGCAUGGGUGUGCAGGGGCAUGUCCAGACAAGCAGCCAGAGGAGGAACGCUGACAAACAGUUGCACGAGGAAUGCGGGUGGCUACUCUAUGUGACGAGCGCUGGAUUGGUCCCGCCGGCCAAAAAUGAAGCUCAGGACAUUUUUUUUUUUUUUUCCAGAAGACAUAAAUGUACGGGGGUGGAUGCAACUGGAGCUCAGUGGUGUCUGUCAGGAGCAAUGACUGCCCUUUGCCUCACAUUUUUGCUUUCAGCAGCGGUCUCCGCAGCCGGAUCUUCCCUGGAGCGGACCAAAAGAGGAGUACUGGAGCUGGGGGGCAUCAUCAAGUGCACCACGCAGAGCCCAGCUUUCGCUUAUCUGUGGUACGGCUGCUACUGUGGACUGGGGGGCCACGGAAAUCCUGUGGACGAGACCGACGAGUGCUGCCACCAGCAUGACUGCUGCUACAAUAGGGCGGAAAAGGAGGGCUGCAAGCCCAAAACGGACCGCUACAAAUGGACGUGUGAAGACAACAUGGCGAUCUGCGAUGCUUUGACGGACCAGUGCGAGAAGAUUUUGUGCAAGUGUGACCGAGAGUUCGGCGACUGCCUGAAAAAUGCACGUUACAGUCGGAUGUACACGGUUUGGCCCAAUUUCUUUUGCAGCGACGAGAAAAAAUCUUGCAACUGAUCCUGGUUGUCAAUAAACAUCCUCACAGUGGAA